UUGCUGCCAAUUUACCUUAAACUGCAGUUGGACAAAUCUUUACUGAAUCAAACGAGCAAUCAAAGAAUCAAAAAUGUUCAGAAAAUCCAAACUGACUGAUGGGACAGCGAACGGACAAGUGGGCAUCAGGAAAAAAUCCCGGGUGCCUGGUGUGAUGAUCACACAGUUUACUGAAACACUGCCGGAGGGGAAGAGUCACCCAGACUUCACCCGCAAGCCUAUUGGUUUGACUAUCCAAGAGGGAAAAUUUGCCUUCUUCAAAGCAAUUGUUACUGGAGACCCAAAGCCCACUGUAACUUGGAGCAGAAAUAACGGCGAUGUGUCUGAUCCAUCAAGAUACCAGGCCAAAUACGAUCCCAACUCUGACGAGCACACGUUUGAGAUGCCAAAUGUUAUGGCAGACCAGGCUGACACCUACAGGUGUUUGGUGGUAAAUGAGUUUGGACAGGCCUUAGUCACAGUGGUACUGAAUGUGAUUGAAGUUGGUUUCAAAAAGAACAAAGCAUUGCAACAAAGAAAUACUGAUGAGAAUUUUACAACUGUCCUGAAAAGGAAAAGUAAGAUUCGACCCAAAUCUGAGCAAACUGAGAGGAAAGAUGGAGAAAUUGAUCCCAGGUUUUGGGAGCUGUUGCUGAGUGCUGACAAAAAAGACUACGAGAGAAUCUGUGUGGAGUUUGGAGUCACAGAUUUCCGCUGGAUGCUCAAGAAGCUGAAUGAGAUGAAGGAAGAAAGAGAGAAAGAUCAAGCUCAGUUUGUCAAAAGCCUCUCCAACCUGAGGCCAAUCCAGGUCAACCCGGAUGGAACUGCAACCUUCGAGAUCGACAUGGAUCUUCUUGAACCAAGCAGCUCAAUUUAUCUUUUUAAGGACGGUGAAAUGGUUCCUUACACAAAGGAGCUGGGAGAGGAGAUGAGACACGCCCUCAGACAAGUGGGGAAAAGGUACAUAUUUUGUAUGAGGGACCUAUCAGCAGACGACGCUGGACUGUAUCAGUUGGAUGUGGAGGAUGUGACCAUGUUUUCCACUGAAUUUAAAGUUCCUUCGGUGGAUUUUUUGGUGAAAAUUAAGGAAGUUGCAGCAAAAGAAAGAGAAGACGCUGUGUUCGAGUGUGUGCUGUCAAAUCCCUGCUCCAAGAUCAUGUGGUUUGGCAAGAAUUUACCACUGGAACAGGGAGAUAAAUAUGACAUUGAGGUUUCAGAGGACAAGCUCAUUCACAGACUGCUGGUGAAGGACUGUAUGGUGGUCGACAAGGGAAUUUACUCUGCCUGUGCAGGAAUAAAAUCUUGUAAUGCAUGGCUUGUCGUUGAAGCGGACAAAGAUGUACAAAAAGGAAAAAAGGCUGCAAGAAAAACAACAAGAGCAGGGGGAGCUGGAAUGGACUUACAGAAGGUUGCUCAAGAACAACAGACAAAACUGGAGAAGGAAAGAAUCGAAAGACGAGAACAAAUUAAAGCUGCCAAAGAAGCAGCAGCUGCUGCUGUGACCACAGAUCCAUCUAAAAUCCCUGCAGCUGCUGAACAAACUGAGACUCCAGCUGUAGUUUCUAAUAACACACACAAAGAAAACGAUCCAAGCAAGAACGUCACAGGUGUAAUGAAUGGGCAUGCAGCAGUAGCAGCAGUAGCAGCAGUGGCUUCAGCUCCAUCAGUUGCGAAGUCAGCAGCUGCUGCUCAACAACAGGAAACAACAGCUCUAGCAAGUGAAGAGUCCAGUAGAGCUGACGGAGCCACAGGCAACAAUCAACCACAUGCUGUCGCAGGAGAACCUGUAAUCACCUGUGGACUCUCUGACAUUUAUGCUCUUCAUGGAACGUCAGCGGAAUUAACUGUGGCGAUGAAUGUGCCAAGUGAAGGAAACUGGUUCAAAGACGGAGAGCAGUUAAACUCAACCACAGGCGUCACCAUGACCAAAGAAGGAAACUGUCACAGACUGACAAUUGAAAGCUGCAGAGACAAUGACACAGGACUUUAUCGCUUUGUCUCAGGAGAACACAGUACACAAGCAAAGCUCGUCAUUGGAGAUGUCCCUGAAUUGGAUGAGGAUGCUUUUCAUAAGUUUUCCAAACCUGUGACAGUCAGAGUUGGGCAGAACGCAGCUUUUAAGAUGCCCUUUGCCCCCCAGGAAUCUUUGAUGGUCAGCUGGUUCAGAAAUGGCACUGAGAUCAAAGACGGGGGAGGGGUGAAAAUUGUGAAAGAACCCAAUCACAGCCGACUGAUACUGAGAGACUGUCUGCGGACAGACACAGGAGAUGUGAAGAUCCAGCUCAAAAACCCAUUUGGAGCUGUGGAGGCCACAUCUCAGCUUAUUGUUCUUGACCGUCCAGGCCCCCCAGAUGGUCCUGUGGAAGUGGUUGAGACAACCUCAUCCGUUAUAGAGAUCAAAUGGAACCAUCCCAAGGACGAUGGUGGUUCUGCCGUCACCAACUAUGCAGUAGAGCGACAGCAAGCAGGACAGAGUCUGUGGACCAAACUUGGAGAAGUGGUGGCAGAUAAGACUUCCUUUAGAGACAGAAAUGUGACUCACGGAAAGAAGUACAACUAUCGUAUCUAUGCUGAAAACCCGGAGGGCCUCAGUGAUGCCCUGGAGACUCCUGACAGCAUUAUGGCAGGCGUAAUGAUACUCUCAGGUCCACCUGGUGCCCCCAAAGUGGUAAAUGCCUCUAAGACGUGCAUUAGUUUGACCUGGACACCCCCAGUGGACACCAGGGGACAACCAAUCAUUGGUUAUCAAGUGGAGAAGCGGAAGAAGGACACAAACGAGUGGAUCGCCCUGAAUGGUGUAACUGACCCUAUAGAAGACGUGAACUGUUCAGUCCGUGAUGUCACUGAGGGAGCAGAGUACGAGUUCAGGGUCGCAGCAAUUAAUGAAUCUGGAUCUGGAGAUCUCAGCCCUCCGUCUGCAAUGGUGUGUGCAAAGAAUCCCAACAUGAGACCUUGUUUCAAAGACCCAGAGGACUUUGUUGUCAUCAGAGCAGGAAACUCUGCUCGUGUCAAAGUUUGUUAUGAAGCUGAGCCAGCUCCUCAGAUCACUUGGCUCAAGGACGACGAGCCCAUUUCUCCUUGGAUAAACAUCAUUACUAUAGAGGGGAUGUCUCAGCUCGUCAUCCCUUCUUCAAAGCGUUCAGAUUCUGGCAUUUUCACUAUAAUUGCCAAAAACUCUGUGGGAGAAUCUUCAUUUGACAUUGAGAUCAGAGUCACAGAUGAACCCAAGACUCCAGGACCGGUGGAAUUGGAGCAAACAGUCAAUGGCAAAGUGAUAAUCUCCUGGGCUCCCUCUCCAGACCAGGAUCUUGACGAUCGUCUGUACUACACGGUGUCUCAACAUGACUCCAACACCAGAGUGUGGAAGACGGUAGCCGACCGUCUCUUCACCAACACAUACACAGUCAAUAACAUCCUCCCAGGGAUAGAGUACCACUUCAGGAUCUAUGCUAAAAACGACAUGGGUCGGUCAGACCCAUCUCAGUCACCAACGUGGGGCGCCAACGGCAACAGAAUAUUGUCAAAUGGAGUCCAUUCAACAGCAGUGUCCUUUGAAAGACCUCCAUCUAUACUGGUUCCACUGAAAGUCCACAAUUCACCAGAAGGAUACCAGCUUUACAUGACAUGUGCCGUGAGGGGGUGUCCUACACCCACUGUAUCCUGGUACCUGAACGAUGUCUGCAUAAACUCCGACAGUAACUACUACAUCACCAACUCCUUCGGCGUGUGUUCCAUGUACAUCCUACGGGUACGACCGGAGGACAGCGGUGAAUAUAAGGUGGUCGCUGUGAACUCGUUUGGACAGGCGGAAUGUUCCACCAAGCUGGUUGUUAGAGAUUAGCAGGACAAGAUUUUUUUCUUUUUUAUUCCACUCACCACUUACUGAGAGUUAUCUUGGACAGAAAGGAACCAAAUGUUUCAUUUUACUAAAUCAAUAGUGUAUGACACUGUUUAUUAAUUAAACUGAUCCUUUGCCACAAUGUAUCCGAAAUAAUAUUAUUUCACAACAAUUUUAGUGACAAAAUAUGAUCAA